AUGAAGGAGAUCCUGUGGAGCGUGUGCGAGCGUCGUGGGAUCGGCAUGAAGGACGUGGAGGUGUACGGGGAUACGCGGACCCCGAUCGCCCUCACCACGGAGGCAAGCCGGCUGGGCGGGAAGCAUCUCCGCGUCCGAGCGAAAGACGAGAGGACUCCUGUGAUCCGGGCCACGAAAUCUGCCUCCAGUGCCUCUUCCCUCCUCAAAGCUUCCUCCUCGUCCUCGUCCUCUUCCGGGAGUUACCGCAAGGGGACGAACAAGCUGUUCAACUCGAGCGCGGACGAUGCGACGUUGGUGAGCUCCAGCGGUGGGGCAGGUGGGGCGGGUGGGGCAGGCGUGACGGGGAAUUCCUCCGUCCUUGCCCCGGUUGGCCCCGCUGUGGAGGGGCCCGCCUCGAACGACGGGUCCCUCAAGGUCUCCAAAUCCGCGAAACAGCUCAAUCGCUGGAGUGGCCUCUUCUCCAAUUCCUUUAAGGACAAGGACAAGAUGGACCAGUUGGUGGAGCACUUGAAGGAGUUGGAUCGCGGGGGCGGGGGGAAGCGGGAGGAGGAAGUGGACGUGGCGGGGGAGAGCCUCUACGCCCUGGAGGAGGACUGGAGGGACGUGGUGAACGAGGCGACGGAGGUGAAGACGGAGCGGAAGCGGCAGCAGCAGACGGCCAUCUGGGAGCUGUUGCAGACGGAGGCGGCGUAUAUAAACACCAUCCGCGUCAUCACUGAUUUGUUCCGCUGGUGCCUGGAGAGUCUGCAGCGAGUGGGGAUCCUCACGGAGAUCGACAAUCAGCGGCUGUUCGGGAACGUGGAGGAGAUCCACGAGGCGAACGACCGCUUCUGGCGGGAGGGGCUGCACGUCAUGAUCGAGGCGUCGAGGAACACCAUGUCCCCGCUCAACCCGCUCUACCUCCGCUCGUCGCUUCUCUCGAUGGAGGACCUGUUCGCCCCGUACAUGCGGUACUGCUUGGAUCAGACGUCGUGCCAGCACUACUGCCGGGAGCUGGACCACGACAACGAGCUCUUCAAGGCCUACCUUGCGGCAUUUAUUUUUUCACUCGGAGUAUUACACCUGUCACCGCUCAACGAGCCACUAGAACCGAAGGGCCUUCUCUCGUACAAAUCGCCACAUUUUCGAAAUGACUCCUGGAAUCCGACCCCAAAACUCCCACGCAUUCGGGAGACCUCGUCCGAACCCGUCCCGGCGCAUUCGGGAGGGAAAGACCUUCCUCCUUCCACCUCGUUAUCCGAGGCCUUCCCAUCGUUCCUCCCCCCCGAUCGUCCUCGCCACGAUCCCGACACAACCUCGCCCACUGGACGGCGGGUCCGACUCGACGAGACCCGCAGAGGCGUCCAGCCGACCAUCGAGGAACGAGAGACGACAGCCUGCGUGAUGGAACGUGGAAGAAGGCAGCCCCGGAGACAAAUGCAUCACGGGAUCCUUCCCCCGGGAGCAUGCACCCAAGAGACCCCUGGACCCUGGAGUCCAACCAUCCUCUUCCCUUCUCGUCCUCCCUUCCUCCCACAACCUCCC